UGUUCUAAUUGGAGUCCGGGCUUCAAAUUGAGGUGUGUCUGCACAUAUAAAGGACAUACAGGGGACGGCCGUGUCUGUGGAUCUACUCUCCAGGGCACAGAUCUGCAGUUUCAGUUUAAGUUACAAAAUGUACGGGCACAACCAAGGAAACCAGUACCCCCCUGGCUACCCGAACAAUCCUCAACAGAUGCCAGGGGGUUACCCUCACCAUCCUCCCGGGACCGUCCCACCACCAAACUACCCUCCACACGGUCCACAGGGAGGUUACGGACACGGACCUGGGCCUGGUUAUGGCCAUGGCCAAGGCCAAGGGCACGGGCAUGGGCACGGACAUGGACAUGGACAGGGCCAUGGAGAGUGCCAUGGACAGGGCCACGGACAUGGGCACAAGCACAAGCACAACCAUGGCCACAAGCAUGCCAAGUGUCACAAGAACGGAAAGGACUGUCACGGGUCCUCCAGCAGCUCCUGCAGCAGUGACUCUGACUGAUGAAGACUCCUGGAUGGAAAGAGACAAGUUGCUACCUGGACACCUUCAUCCUCCUACCAUAUAUUAUAAUCAAAGUUUUACUGCCAUAAGGUCUCUUCACAUAUAAGCUUAAAAUUAUAUUUGUAUCAAACACCUACAUUUUAACAAAAAUGUACCAGAAAAACAUGAUCAGGUUUCUGUCGAAACAUGUAUGAAAAACAGCUUUAGCUGUGUAAAUGAAAUCUUCUUAAAAUGUCGUGACUUUGGUGUUAGAGACAUGUCACAGACAUUAUUGUAUCCAUGAUUGUUUUUUGUUUUUUUUUGAGAAACAGAUUUCCGUGUGUGUGUG